GAUGCAAGUGGAAACUUUUAAUAAUAGAAAGGUGCUUAUCAUAAAUUGGUUUGCAUUGACUUCUUCCACACUUUCUAGAAUAGUGAUACCAUUCUCCACUCAAGAACAAGUUUAAUGAGAGAGAGAGAGAGAGAGAGAAGUCAACAAAAUCAACUCACAUAGGCCUGCAUACACACAAACACUUGACACUACUACAAUAAAAUGACAAAGCCAAGUUCAAGAUUCUCUCAAACAACCAUGAAUCUCUUACACAAUCUCUUCACAAUCAUCCUCUGUCUCCACAUUCUCUCAGCAGAAUCUCAAGAUCCUGCUGCUAGCUCAUGCAAUGACAACACCAAAGCCAACACCACAACAUCAAGAAGCAUUGACACCUUACUCCCAAAGCUAGUCUCAGGCACCAUCCAAAAUGGCUUCAUUGCCACCUCCUACAGCGGGGUCCACGGCCUCGCCCAAUGCAGAGGCGACGUCAGCAGCAGCGACUGCGCCUCCUGCAUCCAAUCCGCAGCCAAGGAGAUCCGAACACUCUGCCCCAGCCAAUCAGAUGCAAGGAUAUGGUAUGACUACUGCUUCCUAAGGUACAGCACUGAUAGAUUCUUCGGUGAGGUGGAUGUCUCGGGCGUCUACCUGAUCAACACGCAGAACGUGACUGAUCCCGAGGCUUUCAACAAGAAGCUGGCCUCAGUGAUGGAUGAGAUCAGCAAGGAGGCGGUGAGGUCCUCGAGCAGGGGCUUGGGGAGGGGGAAGAGGGACGUCUCUGACUUCGUUAGGCUUUACGCGUUGGUGCAGUGUGUGAGGGAUCUGUCUGAGAUCAACUGUGCUCAGUGUUUGGCUAUUGCGGUCAGCAACUUCCCUACUGUUUGUGGGGAUAGGAGAGGCUGCCGCGUGCUCUACAGCAGCUGCUACGUUCGAUACGAGCUCUAUCCGUUCUUCUUCCCUCUCGAUUCGCAGGAGUCGUUGGAUUCUAGGCUUGGGGAGAAGUAUGAGAGAGUUGUAUCUCAUGUCAAGAAUUGAUGUAUGGUGUUUUGAAGCUUGCAUUUUGUGCUUGUUUGAUGCUGUCAUGAAUCAAUGUGAUAUAAUAAGACUUUUUGACAUGUUUUUAUAGUA